AUGGAUCAACCAGAAGAGAAAGUCAGCCUGGACAAAGGCGACCUCGAUCUUCUCAGCAUUAUUGAACGUACGUGUUCGGUAUUUUCGCUGCUGGGAUGCGUCUUCAUCAUCGUCACGUUCUGCUCGUCGAGAGCGUUCCACAAGCCAAUCAACCGCCUCGUCUUCUUUGCGUCGUUUGGCAACAUGAUGACCAACGUCGGUACACUUAUGGCGAGGUCAUACAUUGAGUCGCCAUUGUCGCCGGGCUGCCAGCUUCAGGCGUUUCUGAUCCAGAUGUUCAUGCCAGCCGAUGCAUUUUGGACGCUGACCAUGGCCAUCAACGUCUACCUGACCUUUUACUUCAAGUUCGACGCCGAGAGACUCCGCAAGAUGGAGAUCCCGUACCUCAUCUCAUGCUACGGCAUCCCCUUUGUCCCGGCUUUGACCUACGUCUUUGUUACCAAUGGGCAGGGCCAGAGGGUGUACGGAAACGCAACCCUCUGGUGCUGGGUGACGCCGGAUUGGGAAAUCUGGCGCAUCCUGACGUUUUACGGACCUGUUUGGAUCGCGAUAUUAAUCACGUUCUUCAUCUACAUCCGAGCGGGCCGCGAAAUCUACCAGAAGCGCAAGCAGCUUCACAACUUUAGCUCUUCCGAUCCGGACCAUCUCAACUCCUUUCAUGAUGCCCUCACUUCGAUGAAAACCACCGAGGUGUACGUCACGUCGGAAACGAUUGAGCAGCCCAGCGGCUCCGUCGGGCUUGGGUCGAUGGCAAGGCGUGAUGGAUCAGACGCUGGAUCGAUGCCGCGCAUGCCCGACGCCGCUUACUCUGUCAGCAUCUCUGCCAACCACCACGAACGCCGCGAGUCUCACGGCGACGCCGUUCUCCCAGCAGAGAGCAUCACCAUCGAAGCCAACCCCGCCCAGCGCCCGGUGAACUCGGCCAGGCGACGCAACUACGAGGUCAACAACGCCGCUUGGUCGUACACCAAGUGCUCCAUCCUCUUCUUCACCGUCAUCCUCAUCACCUGGGUCCCGUCGAGCGCCAACCGCGUGUACUCGGUCAUCCACGCAAAAGAGUCAUCGACGCCGCUCGCCUUCAUGAGCGCCUUCGUCCUGCCCCUCCAGGGAUUCUGGAACGCCUUGAUCUACGUGGUGACGUCGUGGAAGGCCUGCAAGACCCUCUGGACCGACAUUCGGUAUGCGUCCCGGCGGCCAGACGUCACGGAGCUUGUCGGCAGCUUCCGCCACAGCGACCAGUUCAAAAUUCCGAGCCCUAAUCGCAGGAACAAGACGUACGAGAGCGAAAGCAUCACGGAGCUCACGAACAGCCGACCCUGCUCCAACGACCAGGCCUCGCGGUCAUGA